CGGGAACGGAAACGGAGCGGCUGAGGAGGAGGAGGAGGAAAAAAAUAACAAAACGAGCCGCCUAGAGGGAGACGGAACCGGACCGCGUGAUAAGCUGAGUGUCGCCGCCUAUCCUGGGGACCUCCUCUUCCCCCAGACGGGGGAGGAUGGAGAAGGACAGAGCCCGGUAACGGCACUGCAAGGAACACCCGAAGGUUCCAUAUGCAGGAGAUAUACUGUGCUGAUACUCUUCUCUUAGAGAGGUAACCAGUCUAGCUUGGCAAUCAUGCCACCAAGACCUUCUUCUGGUGAAUUAUGGGGGAUCCACUUAAUGCCCCCCAGGAUACUGGUGGAAUGUUUGUUACCAAAUGGGAUGAUGGUGACGUUAGAAUGCCUUCGCGAGGCUACUCUGGUGAACAUUAAGCAUGAGUUGUUUAAAGAGGCCCGGAAGUACCCUCUUCACCACUUACUCCAAGAUGAGUCCUCCUACAUGUUUGUUAGUGUUACGCAAGAAGCAGAAAGAGAAGAAUUCUUCGAUGAGACCCGACGCCUGUGUGACCUUAGACUGUUCCAACCUUUCCUCAAAGUAAUUGAGCCUGUGGGUAACAGGGAGGAGAAAAUCCUAAAUCGAGAAAUUGGUUUUGCAAUAGGAAUGCCCGUUUGUGAAUUUGACAUGGUAAAAGACCCAGAGGUUCAAGAUUUCAGGAAGAAUAUUCUCAAUGUUUGUAAAGAUUCAGUUGAACUUCGUGAUGCAAAUGGCCCCAUUAGUAGAGCACUUUAUGUUUACCCUCCCAAUGUAGAAUCCUCCUCCGAGCUUCCCAAGCACAUAGAAAGCAAAUUAGACAAAGGACAAAUAAUUGUGGUUAUUUGGGUCAUUGUAUCCCCCAACAAUGAGAAGCAGAAGUACUCUUUAAAGAUCAACCACGAUUGUGUACCAGAACAUGUAAUAGCAGAAGCAAUUAGGAAGAAGACUCGGAGUAUGCUCCUGUCCUCUGAGCAGCUGAAGCUUUGUGUUCUGGAGUACCAGGGGAAAUAUAUCUUAAAAGUUUGUGGAUGUGAUGAAUACUUGCUGGAAAAGUAUCCACUGAGUCAGUAUAAGUAUAUAAGAAGCUGCAUUAUGCUUGGCCGGAUGCCCAAUUUAAUGUUGAUGGCCAAGGACAGCCUAUACAGCCAGAUCCCGGUUGAUACCUUUACUAUGCCCUCGUACUCGAGGAGGAUUUCAACAGCAACGCCUUACAUGAAUGGAGAAGCCUCUGCUAAAUCUCUCUGGGCGAUCAACAGUACUCUUAGAAUAAAAAUUCUCUGUGCAACAUAUGUCAAUGUAAACAUCCGAGAUAUUGAUAAGAUCUAUGUUCGAACUGGUAUUUAUCAUGGAGUUGAGCCAUUGUGUGACAAUGUCAACACUAUGCGGGUUCCCUGUUCAAAUCCAAGGUGGAAUGAAUGGCUUCUCUAUGACAUGUUCAUCCCAGAUUUGCCCAGAGCAGCUCGCCUUUGUCUUUCCAUCUGCUCGGUAAAAGGCAGGAAAGGAGCUAAAGAAGAACACUGCCCAUUGGCAUGGGGCAAUAUAAACUUGUUUGAUUAUACAGAUACAUUAGUCUCUGGGAAAAUGGCUUUGAACUUGUGGCCUGUACCUCAUGGAUUAGAAGAUUUGCUCAACCCUAUCGGUGUCACAGGGUCCAACCCAAACAAGGAAACUCCCUGCCUAGAGCUUGAAUUUGACUGUUUCAGUAGCCCAGUCAAGUUCCCAGAUAUGACGGCAAUAGAAGAGCAUGCAAACAAAGCUCUAGAGCGAGAGAUGGGCUACAAUUACAGCCAUUCCGGACUGACUAGCAGAAUAGCCAGAGAUAAUGAAGUCAGAGAAAGUGAUAAAGAGCAGCUCAAAGCCAUUUCUACUCGGGACCCUCUCUCUGAAAUCACUGAGCAAGAAAAAGAAUUCCUUUGGAGCCACAGGCUUUAUUGCCAAAAUACUCCAGAAGUCCUUCCUAAGCUGCUCCUAGCUGUAAAAUGGAAUUGCAGAGAUGAUGUUUCACAGAUGUACUGUCUGCUGAAAGACUGGCCUCCAAUCCGACCCGAGCAAGCAAUGGAACUGCUGGAUUUUAACUACCCAGACAGGAUUGUACGGUCGUUUGCAGUUACAUGUCUUGAGAAGUAUCUGACUGAUGACAAGCUGUCACAGUUUCUAAUCCAGCUAGUGCAGGUCCUAAAGUAUGAACAGUACCUGGACAAUUUACUUGUUAGAUUUCUGCUGAAGAAGGCCCUGACCAAUCAGAGAAUUGGACACUUCUUUUUCUGGCAUUUGAAGUCUGAAAUGCACAACAAAACAGUCAGUCAGAGGUUUGGGCUGUUGCUGGAAUCCUACUGCAGAGCCUGCGGCAUGUACCUCAAGCAUUUAAGUCGACAGGUGGAGGCUAUGGAGAAACUCAUUAACCUCACUGACAUCCUCAAGCAGGAGAAGAAGGAUGAACCUCCCAAAGUGCAAAUGAAGUUUCUUGUUGAGCAAAUGAAGAGGCCAGAUUUUAUGGACGCAUUGCAAGGCUUUACCUCACCUCUCAAUCCUGCACAUCAGCUGGGGAAUCUCCGGCUUGAAGAAUGCAGAAUAAUGUCCUCUGCAAAAAGACCACUUUGGCUAAACUGGGAAAACCCUGAUAUUAUGUCUGAGAUGCUGUUUCUGAAUAAUGAGAUAAUCUUUAAAAAUGGAGAUGACUUGCGUCAAGAUAUGCUGACGCUUCAGAUCUUAAGGAUUAUGGAAAAUAUUUGGCAAAAUCAGGGACUUGAUUUACGGAUGCUGCCGUAUGGGUGCCUCUCUAUAGGAGACUGCGUAGGACUUAUUGAAGUGGUCAGAUGUUCUCAUACCAUUAUGCAAAUUCAGUGUAAAGGAGGAUUAAAAGGUGCUCUGCAGUUCAACAGCCAUACCUUACAUCAAUGGCUCAGGGACAAAAACAAAGGAGAAACGUAUGAUCCCGCCAUCGACUUAUUCACACGAUCAUGUGCUGGUUACUGUGUUGCCACUUUUAUUCUUGGAAUAGGUGAUCGUCACAACAGUAACAUUAUGGUAAAAGACAAUGGGCAGCUGUUUCACAUAGAUUUUGGGCACUUUCUGGAUCACAAGAAGAAGAAGUUUGGCUACAAGCGAGAGCGUGUUCCCUUUGUCUUAACACAGGACUUUUUAAUUGUCAUCAGUAAGGGAAUUCAAGAGUGCACAAAGACCAGGGACUUUGAAAGGUUUCAAGAGAUGUGUUACAAAGCUUACCUGGCUAUUCGGCAGCAUGCCAAUCUGUUCAUCAAUCUGUUUUCGAUGAUGCUUGGCUCUGGUAUGCCUGAACUGCAAUCUUUUGAUGACAUUGCUUACAUUAGGAAGACACUGGCACUGGACAAAACUGAACAGGAAGCUCUGGAGUAUUUCAUGAAGCAGAUGAAUGAUGCCCAUCAUGGUGGCUGGACAACGAAAGUGGACUGGAUCUUCCACACAAUAAAACAGCGGGCUUUGAACUGAGCAGGGAACAGAUUGUGGUCUCGCCAUCCACGUUGUCGCUCGCACACUGCACUGUUAAUUUGGACAAGCAGCAAAGACCAGCUGCAUGGGAAUUGCACAAGUCACGAGAAGCAUUUCUAUCACAGAACCAUUAACACUAACAGGGUCUACAACACUAAAGGAAAACAUUUCAAGAGCUACCGUCUGGAUUUCGAAUAUUAUGCCUUAAGGUCAAACACGAGGCUAACCCUCUCACCUUGCGUUUUAGUACCCAAUGUAUAUGGUCAUGGUCUGUUUGAUACAAGUAGAAGUUUGGCAUAGAGAAUAUUUUUGUGAUUCCCAUGCGUGUUUUGGAAUGCUGGUUUCUCUACCUUGGUGCAGUAAUAACUAGGAAACCGAAGGGAUCACCCUUCUCAAAUGCCUCACAGUAUUGUUUAACUGCAAUGCAACUUUAGACGCGCUUGACAAGUGUCCAUUUUUAUUUUUGUUUUCUUGAAAAUGUGAUACCCAGUCUCAUGAAAAGGAUACUGGUCUUGUUCUGUCUUUCUCCAAUCUUCUUUUUGUUUUUAUAAGCCUAUGUUUUAUACUUUGCAAAAGUUGCACCAUUGUCAAGAACACAACUUUUCCUGACAUGUCAGAUGCACACCGUAAUUGUGUGCCCUCAGCCCUCUCUAAUACACGUCAUUGUGAAAUUGAGAGCUUUUGUGUGUAUAUUUAUAUACACUUCAUACACCUAUAUAUGUAUGUAUUAAAAUAUACUUUUUUUUUCAGAUACUACAAAAUGAGAGACCAGAAGGAUAUUGCAUUGUAUUAAGUUAACUGCUUAUUGCACUGAAAGAGCCUCUGUCAGCAUGAUCAACCCUUUUAAACCAGGCACAUUGCCUGGUAGGGUUGAUUGUGCUGAGUAAAACAAUAUAUUUCUUUCUUAUAAAAGAUUUAUAUUGGCUGACAUAUAUGAAUUUAUGUAAAUUUCCUAGUUGGAGCACCAGGGGGCUGGCCAUAGCGCAAUGCCGCCUUGUGGUCUCUGUAUUCCCCCCACUUCUUUAAAUGACAGUCUAGACAUCUCAUCUAGCCCUAUGUUCUCGUGGCAACGCUAAGGCUUGGUGACUUGGUCCCUGCACGGUGGAUCUAAUGAGCUCAGAAAGCAGUGCUCAUCAGAUCCACUGCGCAGGCGCCGAGUCAUUGAGCCGAUUCGGUGCUUUAAAAAUGGAUCUUCUGCUGCUUUCCAAGCAAGUGAGCCUUGGUGUUUCCAAGAGAGCCCAGGGCUAUACAUGUCUAAACCUGUCACUUAAAGUGCAAGGGUGGAGGGGGUACAGAGGCCGCAGGGGGCAUUGCUUUUGCGGUGCUCCUAGUGCUAUGGCCAGCACCCUGGUGCUCCAACUAGGUAACUUACAUAAAUGGAACAAUUCAUAUAUCUUUGCCAUUAUUAACCCUUUAAAGAAAAUAUUUUACUCUGCAUGAUCAACCCUACCAAGCAAUAUGCCAGGUUUAAAAGGGUUGAUUAUGCUAAAAGAGGCUCUUGAAGAAUGUUGCUCUUUUAUUUUUAUUUUUUUAAAUAUAUAUAUAGUCUUCCUAGGCUAUGUUAAGAAUUUUUAUUUUCUCCUUGCCUGUAAACCCUGUUUUCAGAAGUUAUUUUAUAUGUAAUAUGUAUCCAUGUUAGUGUAUGGUUGUUUUUGUUUUUUAUAAAGGUUAUGCAGUUAUUUUAUUUGUUAUUUUCCCAUCUUCUGAUGCCUGCAAGUUUGAGAGUACCUGACUUUAUAUAUGUAUGCCUACGGUUUUUGCACACAAGAUUCAUUUAUCCUUUAAAAUGUACGUAAAAUAAAUGUACAGAUUUUUAUAUACUA